UGCUCGCACCGAUGCAUUGUUCCAUCAAUGUGCAUUGAUUACAAGGUCUGUUCGUUCUUUGCACUUCGUAACUCGACAGAAUCGUAUGUGUAUUUCCCGCUUUGUUGACUGUGUCCAGGAAUGAUAAAACACCAGGCCGUACGUGUUCCGUAAAACCUCUUGAUCCAUAAUUGAAAGAUGGAUGUGAAGUCGUUGCUGUUCGCGAAUCUGAUGUUGGUUGCGAUGGCAACCACUCUGGCUCCAAAGAAGUGUUGUUUUCCUGACCAAUUUGAGUCCAUAGAUGGUAAAGUUGUAGGCACAACCUCGGCUGGCAAAGGUGUGGCAGUAUCCGCAAACUACCAGUUGGCUUUCGAUUACACCAACCAACGCCUGGCUGAAUUUGCAUACAUUGAAGACCAGGGAGAACUGACAAAAUUCCAGUAUAUCGUGGACUACGCCAAAGGUGUCGAAUACAUCAUCCAGAUUGCAUCGAUUGUUUCAGCCUGCUCGAAGGGAAAACUUCCACCACAGGCCACAAUGCUGCACUGUAUUCCAGAUGAUGCAAUCUAUACGGGUUCCUUAUAUUAUGGCGAUCGCCAGAUCAACGUCGAUGUCUUCAAGUUCUCCUCACAAACAGAACCAUUAGCUGGCAAUAUCACCCUGUCCGUCACUAAGGGUGAAUGCAUCCCUUUCAAUUCCGUAGUCACAGGCCAACUUUAUGAUGUCCCUACACUUUUUGUUGACAGCUUUUCGAACUACACCAAUGGUAUCAGAGACCCAUCCAAGUAUUUCACCGUGCCUGACCUUUGUCCUAAGUCAUUCAGUAACGAGACUACGCGGUACGUCACACCUUUUGUCAGGAUAUUGUGAGAAUGUCAUUGCGUACUGGUUCAUCAUCACGGACAUGGUGCAUGUUACCUUUGACACAUUUGUUUGUAGGCUCUUUUCAAAGCGCUACCACCUUUCCCCUUCUUUUUUGUCACAUUUUGUUUCCAAGCUUACAGUUUGCAAAAUGUUGUUCAAAAGAUGGAUAAUAGUUCAAGUGCGGUGGCUUAAGAAAAAUUAUUGGAACUGUCGCUGAGGCCAGUUUCCCUAUUCCAACCUCAUGUUGAUUCAAGAGAAAUCUUAAAGAAACUGCUUUUGCGUCGCCGUGCGUGGUUUGGAAUAAAAACAAAUCGUCGUCAUGAUUUUGAAAUAAA